AUGUACCCCCCCAACGAGGCAGGCUUUCAUGACGUGUUUGGUAACGUCUGGGAAUGGACAGAAGAUCAUUUUAAUGGGCUUCCAGGCUUCGAAACCACAUACCUGUACGAUGACUUCUCUACCCCCUGUUUUGAUGGCAAGCAUACCAUAAUUCUGGGUGGAUCUUGGAUUUCAACAGGUGAUGAGGCUUCAAGGUUUGCGAGAUUUGCUUUCAGAAGGCAUUUUUUCCAACACUUGGGCUUCCGCUUGGCCAGAACCUGCCAUGGGUCACAAACUCCAGUCACAGUGGUGAAUGUUGAAGGAUUUGCUCCAGGGAUGGCAGAUAACUCAAUCACUCUCCCCAAGGAGACCGUACAACUGAUACCAGUUACCAGCAGUAACACUCAAUUGAACUAUGAGACAGAUGUUGCUGUGCAGGAACAGUUGGAUUUGGAAUAUAGAGGCCUGAGUGAAAAUGGUUACUGCAGCCAGGUGUAUGGGGUGUGCAAGCAGGUGAUCAAGGAACACCAGCUAUCUGGGACAACAGGCCUUGUCCUGGGCAGUGGAACUGGGCUCUUGUCAUUCAUGUUGACACAGCUGCUUCAUAAGGUCAUUGGAAUAGACUACAAUGGAAGGUUCAUUGAUGCUGCGCAGCAGCUAAAACAUACAGGGCACUGGAGUACUGAGAUCAAGGUUCCAGAGUACUUGGACAGAGACAGGGUGAUGUUCAAACAGCUUACUUGGAUUCCCAAUGAAGUUGGACAUCAUAGUUUUAUACUUCUCGAUUUCCUUGAUCGUACCCUCAAUCCCUCAGCUUGGCUAGCACGUUUGUCUGGUGUCGUGCAAUCAAAAGGGUUGGUUGUCAUCAUCUCAGAAAAGUGGAAGAGGAGCAAUUUGUAUCAAAGAUUUCAAGAACUCAGAAAACAGUGGUCCUUUGUGGAAGAAAGGGAAAUGGAAAGCAGAAGAACCCAAGGCAAAGCAGUUACUUUUGUUACCAUCUGGAAGCUACACCAUCCCACAGACUCCAAUGUCAAUGACGAUGAAGAUCAGUGACUAAGUCUCCAAGGAGCUGCUGAAAAAGUAGUGUUCAUUUCUGAGUAUUACAGUCAAUGCUUAUGGAGAAAUGAUUUGUUUUUAUUAUAUUCCUCUCAAAUGUUAUGAUUGUAUUGUGCCUAGGUUUAUUAAUCUCUCUCAGAGAUGUAUUGUGUAAGUUUGUUCCUAUUAAUGACCAGACAUAAUACUGUAGAUGAUAAAGUAGCUUCAUUAUUCCCCAAAUCCAUGGACUGCCUAGUGUGUAACUAGCAAAUUAUUAACCAUACACUUUGCUGGUGCUGCUUUUGGGGCAGUCAUUGUAAGGUCUGUAUAUAACCCAAAAAAAAACUCAUGACCAUUGAUAUAACCUUGUUUGAA